UCACUCUCAAUGGCGGGCAGCAAUGUGUGAGGUGUUUGAUGAGGAGCUGGUCCUGGAGAACUCUCCACUGUACCAGUACUUGCAGGAUGUGGGACACACCGACUUUGAAACAUGUCCAACUUUGUCAAGGGAGGCAGAAGAAUGUGCGUCAAAGGAGGGCCCAAAUGAACAGGAUUUCCACACCACACCAAAAAGGAGCUUUUUAUUGAAGAUUGCUGAUGUUUGUCAAAGGUGCAAUCCGUUUACUGGAUCCAAAAUCAAGAAUGAUUUGGAAUUUCUGGAUAUUGGGUUUCGACUGUGCUCUCUACACACCAUCCUGCAACAGGAAGUGCUUCUGCGGGAGGAUGUGGAGCUGAUUGAGCUCCUUGACCCCAGCGUCCUGCAGUCAGCACAGGCUCAGCAACAGCAAAAUGGCCGCCCGCCAAGCCAAUGCUUGCCAGUAACUCCUAAUAUUUGGGAUGUUUCAGUAUUAGCUGCCAUCGUGAGCAUCUUGGUCGUGACCCCAAACUUCAGUGACUCUUUCCCUUGGGUCACAUUUGGAAUGAGCUUGUUUGGUCUCGCUCUUUAUAUGGUCUUCAGAAGCUUCAGCUUGUGGAAAAUCGCCAAGUUGCAGAGAUGCAUGAGAAAGUGUAGUGUCUCUCUGGGAAACAUAGUGGAAAAUAGCUGUGCGUUCACCAGCCUUGUGCGAAAAACACUUCGGCAGAUUCAGGAGACCGAGGUCAUUUCUAGAGGAUUCACAAUGGUGACUGCUGGGUUUCCUCUCAAUAAAUUGGGAAGCUCUUGGCAACAGCAAGGCCAGCAGCUGAUUGGGCUUCGGAAAGCGGUAUACCGGUCAUUAAGAGCUGCCUAUCGAGUAUCUCGAAUGACUACCUGCCAAAUGCUGAAAUCCUAUCCACUGAACUCCGAAAUUGAUAACGUGACCAAUUAUUUGUCUACAAUCCCAUUGAAAGAGCUGGGCAUGGGAUUGUGCGAGGAACCUGUGACUGAUGAGGAGGUUCAGGAGCUGACUGACGGCUACAGUCUCCAGGUUUUGAAGGUACUCUUUCAACUUUGGAUUGGUCAAAAUUCAGAAUGUUUCAGACGCCUGGCGUUACUGCUGUCUCCAGCGCAGAUUGCACAUAAGCCUCAUAUUCUUCCAGAACACUUUUCGCAUCAUACAGUGUCAGACAUAGUCCACGAUUUACCUCCUGUUCUCACUCGCUGCCUUGAAGAGUUGAAACGCAGCUAUGAGUUCCAUCGGUACUUUGAGAUUCAGCAACGCGGUAACUUAGCAACGUCAUCCAGGACCAAGAAACAGACACACUCCCGAGAGCUGAACAACAUGUAUGCUUCAGUGCGUAGCCUACAUCUCCACCUUAAAGCACUGCUAAAUCAGGUUAUUGCUUUAGAAGAUGAUCUGGAAAGGUUCAUAGGAUCCGGAGAACAGCAGGAAAUUACAUCAGAACUGUGCCAUGCUCUCAAACAGAAGCUCAAAUUGAUCCAACCGCACAUGCACGGAACCAUAAGCUGCUGGGAAGAUGCAACCACUCAGGUGGAUAAACUUGGACACAAGUCUACUGAUAACAAAGGGAGACUUGAGGCAGAAGACGAUAAUUUGCUCCCGGUUUGGAAUCCCCCAGCAAUACCUCUUGUACAGAUAGAGAACCGGGAUCCGGUUCCUGAAGAGCAGGAACUCGAAGCCUAUGUGGAAGAAUCUGACUCGGAUGGAGAGUUCCGACGGGAUACUUUUGACUACCUGUCGCCAGAGGAGAGAGAAAAGGAAAAGCAGGAAAGGGAGGAAUCUAGAAGGAUGCUUCACGAACUGAAAAACGUGUUGGGAUUCAAGGCCUCUGAGCUCGAGAGACAGAAGUGGAAACAACUACUUUUCAAUGACCACGCUGCACUGAAGACCAUGUCACCUCCAGCUGUAGUGGAACAAGCUGCGAGUCCUGAAAAUCUUCAGGACAUGGGUGCAAGUGAGCAGGAACGCAAGGAAUGUGAAGGCAGCCCACAACAGGCACAUGGCCCCAAACCGGACACCUCCGGGGAUUGUAAAGCUUGCUGCAAAACGAUCGAAGCCAAGAACAUUGAUGUGUAUUUAACCGGGGAAAGCAAAGACACAAACUUAAGUGAAGCUGAGCAGGGCAGCGAGGUGGAUGGCAAUUCAGGUUAUUGUUUAGAGACGAUGGACAUUGAUCAUGGUGCUCUCAAUGAAGAGGAAAAUUGGCAAACAGUGCUGUCUGAGGAGCAGCAAACAGCAGUUAAAGAGAGGUUAGCAGGACUGCACAGCCCAGCGAGCAUCAGCUUCACCCAGGCUCUGGCAGCACAAGUCGCUGCUCAGUCACACACCUUCACACACUUACAAGAACAGACGUUUGGGGAUGAUUAACAACAGAGAACAAUGAAGGCUGCUACAGUUCUUAGAAAUAACAUAAAAUAUUAUUAUGAAAGUGCAAGUCGACUACAUCAGUAAAGACUAAGUGAUCAGUGAAUGCUAUAUUUUCUGUAGUUACCAGUCAAAGUACUUAUACCAAUAGCAACAAUAAACCAUUCUGUUUUCUGAA